GCUACACAUCACGCUACAUCCGGCGUAUGCUAGUCGCUGUAGCAAAUUAGCAUUUGCGACCCUUUUUUAAAGUGGUAAGCGAGAGCUUUGAGCUUUAUUGUAAGUUUUUUUUUUUUGCCUAAACUUAAAUUUUAUCUCAUGUUUGUGAGUCGCGGUUACAGACUGUGCUCUUCGUGUAGCCGUUUAGCUUCGUGUAGAGCAGGAAGGGGAAGAGAAUGGAGGACAGUAAUGCAACAGAGCAGUCUAAAGGUGGAGCACUGGGGGUCACUAUUACCAAAACGCCUUUCUCAUUGUGAUUUAGGAGAUUUAUACAACAGCAAUGCCGUUCAGAGGUAUCUCCAGCAUCUUAUAGAGGACUAUAAAGUUAUCUGCAAAAAAUUAGAGCAUGAAUGUUUGAGUGAGUCGGAUAGGAAAGCGCUGAUGAAGCGGCAAACAGAACUGCUGCCUUUGGGGAAUGUGUUUACGAGCAUUGAUCAAGCCAGACAAGACCUCGAAGAAGUAAUUUCGUUGCUGCAAAAUUCAGCUGGAUCCAGAGAUGAAGAUGAAAACCUGACCCAGCUGCUCAAAGAGGAGGAAGUGCAAAUCUCCAACAGGAUCUUGGCCUUAAGAAAAGAUCUGAUCAGAACUCUUGUCCCCUGUGACCCACUUGAUCCAAGUGAUGUGGUGCUGGAGGUCGUAUCGGGACGAACAACUGGAGGUGACAUAUGCCAGCAGUUCACCAGAGAAAUGUUCGACAUGUACCAGGGCUUUGCCUGCUACAAGGCUUGGGACUUUGAGGUUCUGAACUAUGCCCCUGCAGAAUAUGGUGGCUUGCACCAUGCAGCCAUCAGGAUAGCAGGCGAGAAUGUGUACAGACACCUGAAGCAUGAAGGAGGAACACACAGAGUCCAGAGGAUCCCCGAGGUGGGCCUCUCCUCCAGAAUGCAGCGAAUCCACACUGGAACCAUGACCGUCAUCAUCCUGCCACAGCCGAUGGAGUUUGACGUCCACAUCGACCCAAAAGAUCUGCGCGUCGACACGUUCAGAUCUCGUGGUGCUGGCGGCCAAAGCGUCAACACGACGGACAGUGCGGUGCGAGUAGUUCACCUUCCCACGGGAAUAACGGCCGAGAGCCAGCAGACUCGCUCACAGCUGCAGAAUAGAGAGACCGCCAUGCGCAUGCUGAGGGCCAGACUCUACCAGGGCAUUAUGGGUAAAGAGACGGAGCAGAGACACACGGCGCGAAAGCAGCAGGUGGGCACACGCAGCCAGUCAGAGAGGAUUCGUACCUACAACUUCAGCCAGGAUCGUGUCACAGAUCACCGAACAGGAUACAGCACCAGAGACAUCAAGGAGUUCAUGCGAGGAGGCGAGGCGCUUGAGGAGCUGAUCUCAGACCUGCUGGAACACUCAGAGCGGGACGCCGUCCUGGAGCGGGCGGAAAACAGCCUGAGUGUGACGCGGCUGGAUAUGGUGGAGACUCACGUCACACCCACUGUGUGAACAAGCUGAUGAGCAUCCAUCCGCUCUUUGGCUGCAUAUCAGGACAUAUUUAAACUUAAAUGUGCAAUUUAACAGACUGGAGAUAAACUAUUUAAUAAAUAAAACCAGACUUAAACAUU